UUUCAUUCUCAACACGCACAAUCAUUACUCCAUCUGUCCCGUGCCUCUUGAGCUCAGCCUCGUUGAGGAGUAAAAGGGCCUUGGUAUGCUGCGGCCUGACCCACCAGGUCCUCGUCAGCUUUUUGACUUGUACUGUACAUACACACCUACUUAACCGUUUAGCAUUCCUUUGUCUUUGAUAAGUGAAGCCUUUCAAGUUUCCUGUCAGUGCCUGUUAAGCCCGGGACGUUGCCAUCCUCAGCAGUGUGUAAAAGAGACGCCGACUUGUUGUGAACGAUUCGCAGUUUCUCAUCUGGGGCAUCCAACUCGGCCACAAAAACGACAGUUAAGAAGCCGCAACAGCUCCGCGUCUUGGUUUGAGACCUCGUCAACUAGGCGCCCACCUCCUCCGCCAGCAGCAUGCUCGACGAGAACCUACCCACUUUCCGACUCAAGCCAUCCUCCGACAACCCGCUCUCGAGCAUCCUGUACUUUACGCACAAUGGCUCCGAACCGGCUGCCGAGUAUUUACUCCGGCGGGCAGACCCGGCGUUGCCUGAAUCGCGCAACAAGUACGCGAUCGCGCUCUGCGACCCUCACAACGCCGGCGUGGUGUACGGGGAGGUGACAGUAGAACCGGAGUGGUCCCAACCGACCCUGUCGGCUGCCGAGAUCCGCGCUCAAAGCCAGGCCGGUGCGCCCCCGGCUGCGGCUGUGGCGACUGUGCCGGAUAGCUUCACGGUGCAACUAUACAACCCGGACCAGUCCGUGACGGUCAAGAUGGUGCCGGGCUCGUGGGGCAAGAGCGACAGCUGGGAGUUCGAGUUGCCUGUUCAGACAUUCGCCACGCCAACAGCCAGCGAACUGGAUCGCGAGCAGCAGAACAGCUCGCCGGCCGCCGCCGAUCUGAUCCCGCGCGUCAUGUUCCGGUGGAAGAGGGAUGGGCUGAUAAGCAAGGACAUGACGUGCUACGUGUCGGGGAUGAGACUCGGGGCGCGCAAGAACAAGGAGCCCGACAUCACCGUCGCACUGUUCAAAGCCAGUCGCGAGAGCAUCCUGACCGUCUACCAGCCGAAUUGGCACCGCGUCGAGAUCGAGGACCGCAAGGGGCUUGAGCUGGUCCUCUUGCUGGGAUCAGAAGUCAUCAAAGAGUUCUGGUUGACACCCAAGCUCGACUUGUUCAACAUCCAGGGCGUACCUCCAACGCUCAAUGGAAACAAGAGGAAGAACUCACGCCCCGUUGCGGUUGCUAACAACUCGGCAACGACAACGACAACAACAACACCAACACCGACCGCCAUGUCUGGAGCGUUAGCAAACGCCGCCCCAUCCCAGCCCCCUCCGCCCACAUCGGCACCCACCAAGAGGAACACCACCGCGGGCCCUUCUACUACGAGUCCCGGGGUCGACGCCGAAACCCGCCGGCUGCAAGCCAUGGUCGAGCGGGAGCAACGCGAGCGCGAAAAGGCCGAGCGUGCCGAACAAAAACGCAUCAAGAAGAUGAUCGAGGAAGAAGAAAAAGAGCGGCGCCGGCGGGAAGCAGAGGUCGCCAAAGAAACAGAGCGCCUGCGCAAGAUGUACGGCGUCGAAGGACAGGAAUUGCCCAAAGACCGGCCUCCUCUCCCGCCGCGCCAACAGCAGCAGCAGCAGCAGGGCCCUCCACCACCACACGCGUCUCAUCCCCCUCACCACCCACCGCCUCCUCCUCAACAACAUCUCAAUCCCUGGGGAUACCGUCCUCCGACCGGCGGUCCUGGCUCCGGAUUCGCCGCUCCGCCUGUGCCGACGCCGACGCCGGGAUUGCCGCCCAGGCCGGUGAGCGCGGGGCCGUAUGACCGGCCGGGCCAGCCGUCGGGCCAGCAGCAGCAGCAGCAGCAGCAGGGCCCGUUCCACUUCAAUACGCUGAAUGCGCUGUGGAAGGGCGCCGCUGGCCAGCUGCAGCAGCUGCAAAGCCAGGUGCCGGCGGUGCAGAGGCACGGGAGGAGGCGGUCGGAGGAGGAGAGGAGCAAGAUCCAGAAGAAGCGCAGCUCGCAUUGGUAGGGUAGUAGGAGUGCUCGUUGGUAUGUAUAUAUGUGUAUGUAUGGAUGUAUGUAUAUAUGUACAGAGUCUUGGUUCUUGUGGGCUGUUUGUUUGUAGGAACGGUAGUUAUGGCGGCUGCUUUGCAUUAGCGUUCCGGGGGUCUGGCGGUUAUGAGACUCUGGUGGCGGGCCCAAUGGGUAUAGCUUUAGGGGGUCAACUUGGUAUCAUGACUUGAUGAUGACUUUUUUUCAGGCGGUUGUCGUGUAUAGCUAGGACAUUGGGUAUGUGGUUACGGCGCGGCACGACGAUAUGUUCAUGUCGUCAUGAAACAUGGCACCUGUAUUUCAUCGCUCUAUAAAGUUGUUCUCCGUCCCCUUAACUAGGUAUGUUAAUUCUAAUUUC